ACAUAAGACAACAGGGCACCCACAAGGACACAGACAGGAAGAAAGGGGGCUAUAGAAUCACUGGGAGAGUAAGGGAAGAGGGGAGGAGAGGGGAUGUAUAUGCCUUAGGCUACACAGCUAUACAGAAGGGAUACACACAGCAAUAUGCUCACAGGAAACCGAGAGAUACAGCUGAAACACACACCACAACGGCAGCACUAGAGCAGACACUCUGUCACACUCAGCGACUAGGCUGGGAGACUGAAAGCAAGAGAAAAAUCACAAACUUGCAAACCCGCAUCACACACAUCUGGAGUCCAUAGCCCACGUGACGCACAGGGAGUCACCGCACCCUCACACACACACACACAAGCUCACAGACCUUGAUCAAAAUCACAUGCACACAGUGACACCGUGACACCUCACUGAUACAGCAACAUGUCCGACAAUGAAGAGGUUCUGAGAGAGGAGGGGUGCCAGGAGCAGACGCUGGAGGAAAGGCUGGAGGAAACCCAAAGACUUACCACCCAGUGGAGCGUUGAGGAUGAGGAGGAGGCAGCCCGAGAGCGCCGCCGGAGGGAACGUGAAAGACAACAACAGGAUGGGAGUGAGGAUGGAGAAACGGGAGAGGGCGUGACAGACGCAACCUGCCCCGAGACUGAUGACCGUGUGGGGUUAAAGCCUGGGGGUCCCAUGGAAUGUGAGGAAGAUGAAGGUUUCAGUGACUGGUCCCAGCAGAAGAAACUGCAGGAAGCAUUCCAGGCCACUGAGGAGACAGGUGAAGCCAGGGCAGCUGAAAAGGAAGGAAGUGACUCCCCAACGGUUAAAAAAGACGAGAGUGAUGAAGCACCAAUAUCAAGGGAGGAGGAAGAAGAGGAUGAAGGCACAUCCCGUUAUGAAGUGACAGAGCUUAGCGACGAGCCCGACCCCUGCAACUGUGAGCGGAGAAGCCCCGAGCCCUGUGAGCAAGAUGAGCAGAACUUCCAGAGCCACCAGUGGGCAACAAGUAAUUCAGAGUCACACGUACAUGAGGAGACAUUGGAAGAUGAGCCUAAAAGCCCAGAGGUACCAGAAGAGACCAAUGCGGAGUACUCUGGCUAUUAUUCCUCUAAACAGCAGGACCAAUCAGAAACACCCAGGGAGUGGGAGGCAGAGGAGGCAGCUGACCGCAGGCUGUCAGUGAGCAGUGAUGGAGAGAGCGAAGGAACCAUCGCAACAACUGUAAAGCUAACCGAAAGGACAGAGUGCCUGAACCGUUCCAUCCAAAAGAGCAACAGCAUAAAGAAGAGUGAGCCACCUCUUCCAAUAAGCAAAAUCGAUGAUCGUCUGGAGCAAUACACACAUGCCAUAGAGACAUCCGGUAAACAACCCAAAUUGACUCGGACACCAUCUUUAGAACUGCUGAGCCCUAUAGAUGCAGUUUCAGCCAAGAAGAAUCGCUGGGAGACUGGGGAUGUGACCUCAGCAUCUAAAUCAACACCCAGCAAGGAUACAGAAGGGAUCGCCAUUGGUGUGUCAGAAAUGAUUAGUCAGUGGGGCAAAGGGAAACCAGAAGACACCGCUCAGUCACCUUCUAAGCCAGCGGAGGUGAGGCCUGGGGAUGUGCUCAGUAAGAAAAAUCUAUGGGAGCAGACUACCAAGUCGGAUCAAAGUGGGAAGAGUCUGAGCGCUAGUAAGAAAUACAAGUUUGUUCUAGCUGGACACGGGAAAUACGAGAAGGUUUAUGUGGAGGACCCUUGAGAAGGGCACUGAAGCACAUUCCAGGGACUCAGGCUUACCCUAGCGCAGGAACCUGCUGGGAGUCAUUAACAAACAGAAUUGUGGGACAGGACCACCUGCUUCCAUAAGAUCAAUGCCGAAACCAUUUUGCCUUAAAGGGAAUGCCAACCUCAAAAUAACUUUGCCUUAUGUAAUAAUGUUUAGCUUAUACUGUCUCUGUUCAUAUCCCUCCGUGGAGCUGCAGUCCGCUAACUGAGGACCUUCAAUGAAACAAUGCUUAUUGUACAUUAUACAGCUCUCUUUAGGGAAACAAGGCUCACUGUCUGUCUUUGUAACUACUCAUGAGCAGCUGUGAGUUUAAAAUGGCUGCCUGCAUAGACGGCAACCCACUUUUUUUUCAUUAAUAAGGCCUAACUUGUUUUUGGGUUCCUAUUCCUGAUCUAUGUGUUGUCUAACUGCUCUGCCAUUCCAUUCAGCACAAACCUGGGGCACGUAUAUCAGGGCCACAAAUUGCACCCUGAAUAGCACAACAGUGGCUGGGUGCAGUUUAUUUAGGUCUGAAUGUAUCCAUGCCUCUUUGAUAUAUGUGACCUCAGUCUACUUCGAACUGUGAUACCGAUUAACCUUUGCCCCCUGUCUUUAAUGCAUUUCCUCUGUACAUUGAUGUCACUUCCUGGGAAGCAUGGCCGCUCCCUCUGUUAUGCCAAGUCUUACUUUUUUUUACUACCUUUUUUAUGCUUUAUAAAUAAAUAUCUGUCGCAAUA